GGAUCUGCUUCCUACCCGGAACCUCAUAUAGGGAUCUGCUUCCUACCCGGAACCUCAUAUAGGGAUCUGCUUAUUACCCUGAACCUGCACUAUGCAGGGACUUGGGAGAGACACACAGAACAGGGACUCCCCAAAGAGGGAGAAGGAUCUGAGGGGCUCAGCAAUACUGCACCAGCAGAGACGCCUCAAACAAGCCACGCAGUUUGUGCACCAAGACUCUGCGGAUCUUCUGCCACUGGACCAGCUGCGGAGACUGGGGACCAGUAAAGACCUGCAGCCACACAGUGUGAUCCAGAGACGGCUCAUGGGGGGCAGCCUGAGCAUUGAAAGCGAUAACCCUGUAUUUCCAACUUCCCCGUGCAACAGGGGGAGAGACGCACCCCCCCAGGGUGAUGAGACGAUACAGCCAACUAAGUUGGGUGAGGAGACCCCCGGUGGCUGGAAGGAACAAGCUCUACUCAUACCCUGCAAGGUUUGUGGCCACGAUGCAAGGGCCAAGCUAUGCACGGAACAUCAACAGAACCUCAUCUCCCGGAGCUGCACGGAAAGGCUGGGGGCCCCAAUUUCACAUUACAAAGUUGCAUCAGGACUUUAUGGACCUAGGAAUGAUACGGACUGGAGCCUGGAAUUUACUGUAAGUACUGGAUGUGCUGAAGGAGCUGCUGGGCUUCAGGAAGGGGACUGGGUACUAGGAAGCCCCAGGGGGGGCAAUUGCAACAGGAAGUUGCCUGAGAGGGGGCACAUCAUUGGGCCUUUCAAAACGAGGCUGCAGAGACCCUAGUGGCACAGACUGGGGGCUUUCUGGUAGGAGGUGUCUGUUGAAAUUAGAAAUUAAUUCUAACUUAGGGAAUUGCUACAAGGUGACUCUGGGACUUGGGGUGUCAUAGUCAGGUAAGUAGUGGAACUUUGGCACCCUGAGUACCCCAAGAACUUAAAUAAAGAGCU